AUGGGCAUGAGUAGCUUGAAGCUGCUGAAGUAUGCCUUGUUUUUCUUCAGCUUGCUCUUUUGGUUCUGUGGCUGCUGCAUUUUGGGCUUUGGGAUGUACUUCCUGAUCCACAACAAUUUUGGAGUGCUCUUCCAUAACUUACCCUCCCUCACUCUUGGCAAUGUGUUCGUCAUCGUGGGCUCCAUUAUCAUGGUGGUUGCCUUCCUGGGCUGCAUGUGCUCUAUCAAGGAAAACAAGUGUCUGCUUAUGUCGUUCUUCAUUCUGCUGCAGAUUAUCCUUCUUGCUGAGGUAACCUUGGCCAUCCUGCUCUUUGUGUAUGAACAGAAGCUGAAUAAAAGUUGCUAUACAAAAGCAAGACUGUGGUUUUAUUCCAAUUUCCUGUAUAUUGGAAUCAUCACCAUCUGUGUAUGUAUAAUCCAGGAAUUGGGGAUGUCUUUGCGCUGACUUUGAACUGCCAGACUGAUAAAACCAGCCAGGCCCUAGGGCUGUGACAUGAAACUGCUUUGUGCUGGAGAGACUUGUUUCAUCUCUGGAAAUCCAAAGCCAUUUAUAGCAUGAAGUCCUAAAUGAUUGCCUGCUGGACUGGCAUCUUUAUUCUCCUCCCAUCUCUUCCCUAUGUAGGUCCUUGUCUUAUAAAACCAGAGAAGAGGGUGUUGACCAGGUAUUUCUGAUCUUAGUCACCAAGACAACAUUCUACCCACUGAUAGAAGCAGCCGUGUCUCCUAAGGUGGUGAAACUAAGGUGCUUUUUGGACAUGAGAGGCCAAGAGAACAUGUGACACUAAUGGCUCAAGAUCAAAAGUUGGGGUCCAAGAUACUAAUUUUUUCAUUUUCCUAUUGUCAAAUUAGUCUUCAGCUUCCAAAUCAUCCCCAGUCUGUU